AAGCGACCGGCGUGUAGUUCGUGUCGUCAUCGCCGCUCUGUCGCUUUUGUCGCCUGUCGGUUGCGUUUGUCGUUUGCCGUUUGCCGUUGUCGCUUCUGUCGUUUGUCGCCCGUCGUUUCUCGUCGUUUGUUGUUUCUCCCUCCGUUCGUUGUUCGUUGAUCGUCGUGUCGCCAUCUCCAUCUCCUCCAUCUUCCUCUUCAUCCAAAUCUGAAUCGCCGAUUUCCUUUUGUGCUCUUUUUUUUGCGUUCUCCUUUCUUUGAAAUUAAACAAGAAUUUUUUUGAAACAACAACAAGAGAAAUAAAAAGUGCCAGUGAGUGUGCCCCGGAAAAUUAAAGAAAAAAAAAACAAGUACCUGUAGAACAUAAAAAAAAAAACAAAAAACACAAAUCUAAAACUAGAAAAGAAGGAAAUUUUUAAAGAGAUCCCGUUUUGAGAGAUCGCCGUGGGAAAUCCUUUCUGCAUGACGCACUUGGUUGUUUGAAACGGUUAUGUGAUGAGAUACGACGUCCAGGAGCUGCUACUUCAUCAGUCUGCUGAGGAUCCAUUCGCCAGGUUCGCCAAUGGGAUGGCAUAUCAUCCAUUUCUGCAGCUAACGCAACGACCCACUGACUUCAGCGUCUCCUCGCUGUUGACGGCGGGUAGCAACAACAAUACCAGCGGCAGCAACACCAACAACAACAACAACAGCUCGAAUUCUAAUACCAAUUCCAACAACAACACCAAUUCGAGCAACACCAAUAACACCAACAGUCUUGUGGCCGUUUCACCAACGGGUGGUGGUGCGCAGUUAUCGCCGCAGAGCAACCACAGCAGCAGCAACACCACCACCACCAGCAACACCAACAACUCCAGUUCCAACAACAACAACAACAAUAAUAAUAAUAACAAUAACAACAACACGAAUAAUAAUAAUAAUAACAACCAUACGAAUAAUAAUAAUACAAAUCAAAAGCAAGGACACCACUUGAGCACCACCGAAGAAACGCCAUCGCCCGCUGGCACACCACCACCGCCCACAAUUGUUGGUGUUUCGGGGAUACAACAACAACAACCACCGCCCGCUUCAGCUGCCGCCGCCGCCGCCCAUCCGUCGCACCACCCACCACAUCAUUCCCCCAGCACGGGUGCCGCUGCCCCGCCCUCUGGCGCCACGGGUCUGCCGCCACCCACACCGCCGCACCACCUGCAACAACAACAACAGCAGCAGCAGCAGCAGCAACACCAGGCACCACCACCACCUCCAUACUUUCCCGCUGCGGCCCUGGCCGCUCUAGCUGGCAGUCCCGCAGGACCCCAUCCGGGCCUCUAUCCCGGCGGUGGACUGCGCUUCCCGCCGCACCACCCGGGCGCCCACCCGCACGCCCACCAUCUGGGCAGCGCCUACACCACCGCCGAGGACGUCGUCCUCGCCUCGGCCGUCGCCCAUCAGCUCCAUCCGGCGAUGCGACCGCUCCGCGCUCUCCAGCCCGAGGACGAUGGCGUCGUCGAUGAUCCCAAGGUCACGCUGGAGGGCAAGGAUCUGUGGGAGAAGUUCCACAAGCUGGGCACGGAAAUGGUCAUCACCAAGAGCGGCAGACAAAUGUUUCCGCAAAUGAAAUUUCGUGUUUCGGGACUGGACGCCAAGGCUAAAUACAUCUUGCUACUGGACAUCGUGGCGGCGGACGAUUAUCGUUAUAAAUUUCAUAAUAGUCGCUGGAUGGUGGCUGGGAAAGCGGACCCCGAGAUGCCAAAACGCAUGUAUAUCCAUCCAGAUUCGCCCACAACGGGUGAGCAAUGGAUGCAGAAAGUUGUUUCAUUUCACAAAUUAAAAUUGACCAACAAUAUUAGUGAUAAACAUGGAUUUGUAAGUACUACGAUCCUGAACUCGAUGCACAAGUACCAGCCGCGUUUUCACCUGGUGCGAGCCAACGACAUCCUGAAGCUGCCGUACUCCACGUUUCGCACGUACGUCUUCAAGGAGACCGAGUUCAUCGCCGUCACUGCAUAUCAGAAUGAGAAGAUAACUCAAUUGAAAAUCGAUAACAAUCCCUUUGCGAAGGGCUUUCGUGAUACCGGUGCUGGCAAGCGGGAAAAGAAGCAGGCGCUGAUGUCGAAUAGAGGGUCCGACUCGGACAAGUUGAAUCCGACGCACGUGAGCAGCUCCCGGGCACCGCUCCACCUGGGCCACGCCGGUCGUCCGCCCCACCUGCAUCCCCAUGCCGCCCUGCUCGACCAGCAGCAGGACGACGACGACAAGCUCCUGGAUGUCGUGGGUCCGCCCCAGAGUCCGCUCCUCCCGCUGAGCCACUCGCUGCAGCAGAUGCACGCCCACCAGCACUCCGCCUUGGCUGCCUGGUUCAAUCACCUGGCGGGCGCAGGGGCCGGAGCCUCUGAGCACGCGGCUGCGGCGGCGGCGAAUGCCAGCGCGGAGGACGCCCUGCGUCGCCGCCUGCAGGCGGACGCCGAUGUGGAGCGGGACGGGAGCGACUCGAGCUGCUCGGAGAGCGUCGGCGGCAGCACCGGCGGUGCCUUCAGGCCCACCUCGACGGGCAGUCCCAAGGAGGCGGUGGGCGCAGCAGCGGCCGCCGCAGCGGCUGGCCUGAAUCCCGGCGGCGGCAGCUACCCGUCGCCGAAUAUAUCGGUGGGUCCGCCCAUCCAUCCGUCGCCGCAUCUGUUGCCUUACCUCUAUCCCCACGGCCUCUAUCCGCCGCCGCACCUGGGUCUGCUGCACAAUCCGGCAGCGGCAGCGGCUAUGAGUCCCGCUGGCCUCAAUCCGGGCCUCCUGUUCAACGCCCAGCUGGCGCUGGCCGCCCAGCAUCCGGCGCUGUUUGGCCACGCCUACGCGGCGGCGGGACACACGCCCGUUUCGCCGCUGCAGGGCCUCAAGAGCCACCGCUUCUCGCCGUACAGCCUGCCGGGCAGUUUGGGCUCGGCCUUCGAUGCGGUGACCCCCGGCUCGAAUGCCAAUCGAUCGGGGGAUCCGCCGGGCGGAGGCCUCGGUGGUGGCGGAGUGGUGGAGAAUGGGCCGCGGAGCCUGAGCUCCAGCCCACGGCCGCGACCCGCCUCCCACUCGCCGCCCACCCGACCGAUUUCCAUGUCGCCCACCACGCCGCCCUCGCUGAUGAAGCAGCCACGUGGCGGAGUGGCCCAGUCGCAGCACUCGCCGUCGGAGCUGAAGAGCAUGGAGAAGAUGGUCAACGGGCUGGAGGUCCAACACAAUGGCAGUGCGGCGGCGGCAGCGGCUGCGCUUCAGCUGGCGGAGGAGGCCGCCCAGCACCACCAGGCGCAUCACACCCAGGCGCACCACCCACAGCAGCAGCAGCAGCCGCACUCGCACCACCCACAGCAGCCACCGCAGCCGCACUCGCACCACCCGUCGUCGCACCACCAGGCGCACCACCACUCGCAGCACCACGGAGCGACGACGGGCGGCGGGGAUCAGUGACAAUUACUGGACGGCCGCUCCGAUUGCGAGGAGGGCGGCCUGGACUUGGAGCUGGAGCUGGAGGAGGAUGUCGAGGAGCUGGAGCAGGAGCAGCACGAUCCCGACGACCAGGACGAGGACCGCAGCUCGGUGAUCGAUCUCGAUCUGGAUGUCGACGUCUGACCGCGAACGGAUGAGCGGGAAAGCCUCUAGCCUCCGAACUACACGGCCACCGUUUUCGUGGCUUAGCUGGGGUUCGGCAGUGUGUACAUAAUAUAAUGGAUUUGGAUGCGGAUGUGGAUUGGAACCUAGCAUAUAGGCAUUUGUAGCAUAUAGCAUAUAGUAUAUAUAUAUAUAUAUAUUGUGCAUAUUCCUCUCCCUGCUUGAAUCACUCUGCCUGUUCUUCGCCAGCUUAAGAUAUUCUUUUUUUUUUUUGCCUCGUUUCUAAGCAAGCCUAGCCCCUAGAAAUCGCUGGCGAUCCGCAGGCAAAGUGAUGGAGAGGUCUAUCGGCAGUCGGAGAAAGUUAAGGGGACGUGGCAAAGGAAUCGAUGAAACUCUUUUUUAGCACCUUCAAGGGUCAAUGGUCAAUACUUCAAGAUCAAAUAUACAAAGCAAAAAAAAAAAAAAAAAGGAAGAGAGAUACAAGGAGCUCCUUCUCAGACAAAUUUAUAAGGCAUAUAAGGCAUACGAUAUGAUGUAUCAACCGUAAAUGUAUAUUGAUUGGAUUGGAAAUAGCAACAUCAAAGAUGGCGCCUCUUUAUAUACAUCUAGAACACAUAUAUAUAGUAUAUAUAGAAGCGGAUAUAUAUACAGAUUGUAACCUUAGUAAAACAAACAGGAGAGAAAAACAGGAGGAGAGAAAGAAAAACAAUGAAAAGAAAAGCCCACAAAAAAAAUACCACAA